AUGGUAGGCGCAUCCGACGAUUCGCGCGCCCAAACUCGCGAACUCUCUCAUUUGAAUAUCGAUACCACUUUCUCCCCAAGAUCCGCGCCUCAGCUACCGCCGUUGUCCCCCGAUGCAGUCCUGCGACACCGCAACACUCGGGCCAACACCUUCAGGACCUUGGAGGAGUUCGAAGAUUUCGAAAGGCGGCCGGGUUGGAAACCGGGAGCUGAGCCCGGUAUCGACCCCAGAAAACCCGAUGGUGGACAAGAUAGAAUCCCGGACCUGCAUGCCGAAUGUCAGAUUACUGUUGUCGACUUUUCCCGAGAGGAUCUGAAGAUAUACGAGAUGACCAACAAAGAAUUGAUUGACUUCGUCCAACAGAAACAGCCAUCCUGGGUUCAAUGUCGAUGGAUCAACGUCAAUGGUCUCUCAUGGGAUGUCAUUCAAGCCCUGGGCAAAUACAAAGAUCUUCAUAGGCUUGCUAUCGAAGACAUAAUGAACACAAGAAAUCGAACCAAAGCCGAUUGGUAUCCUGGCCAUGCAUUUCUCAUCCUUACAUGUCUCAAGUUAGUGCGUGUUGUAGACGACGAGGAUAGCGACGAUGAAGAAGAUCUUGAAGAGUCAGCUGACGAUACCUUCAUGCGCAACGCCGGGAAGAAGUUCAAGCGAUGGAUGAGCGGAAAGAAGAAACAGCACCCGGCUUCUGCGAGCAUGAUCGAAAAGGGUACGGGUACCGGCACGCUAGGCCACAGCUCUAUGCACCAACCCACUGGGCUCUCCGAUAUCUUCAAUCCCAGCACACUGCGCACCUUGCAACGCUACCACGCGGCUCCAAACGCCGCACGGACGGAAUACAUGGAGCGACACUCGGCCCUUGCGAACAAAGGCCUGGCGGUGUCAGCUGAGCAGGUAGCCAUGUUUAUCACAUCGGACAACACUGUAAUUGCGUUUUUCGAACAAUCGGCGGACAAUGUCGAGGAGCCGAUUCUUGCCCGGCUUCAAAGUCCAACAACCAUCCUACGCAAAUCCUGUGAUGCUUCGAUGGUUGCCCAAGCCAUCAUUGAUGCGAUUAUCGACAUGGCGAUCCCGGUAACGGCUUGUUAUGCUGACAUUGUUGGCGACUUAGAGCUCGACGUAUUGACACAUCCGAGCGUAAAGCACACUAAGAGCUUAUACAUAAUCAUUUCAGAAAUCAACAAGAUGUUCAGCUUUGUCAAUCCUAUCCAGGCCCUCAUCAGUUCGCUGCGCGAUCACAAGACGAAGCUGAGCGAAAAGGAUUUAGUAAGAGAGCUACAGAAUCCAGAGGGCGGUGUAAUCAUCACGCCGGUAACUUACACGUACUUGGGAGACGUGUAUGACCAUUGCGUCCUCAUCACGGAGAAUCUAACGCAGAUCAAGGAGUCCGCCAAUCACAUGAUAGACCUGAUAUUCAAUACGAUUGCGACUUAUCAGAACGAGAGUAUGAAGCAACUAACGAUUGUCACGAUUAUUUUCCUGCCGUUAACCUUUAUCACGGGUUAUUUUGGGCAGAACUUUGGAACGUUUCCCGAGGCGGAAAAUCACGACAGCCUAUACUUCUGGCAGAUCGCUAUUCCUGUUGUUAUAGGGACGGUCAUUGUGCUGAUGCGGGACAUCAUAUACGAGUCCUUUGUGACGUUCUUCCAGCGUAGACGCAUUGUUGGCAUUCGCAAGAGAAAGAAGAGCUUAGAUAGAGCUAGAAGACGGAAUAGGCUCCAGUUCCCGAGAACAUCCUAG